AAUAGAAUAGUCUAGAUACUAACACUCAUACGUGUAUGUCCUGUACUCCAGAGCACGAGGUCAUCUCUUCGUCACUUGAGUAGCGCUGUAGCAAGAUGACAUCAUGUGUUGAACUUGCAAACAAUCAUGCUCACAUUGUGGAAGCUGCACAUUGCAAUGGUGCUGAUGAAUUUCAAGAUGAUGAAUUUUACCAUUUUGUGGUGGAAGGGCUGAGCAAGAAACAAAAGGCUCUUCACCCCAAGUAUCUUUAUGAUGAUGAAGGAUCUCUACUAUUUGAAGACAUAUGUGAGCUGGAUGAAUACUAUGUGACAAGAACAGAACUGGCCAUCUUAGAGCAGAACAUUGAUGAAAUAUCUUCUGUCAUCGGUUCUAAUGCUGUUGUUUUGGAGCCUGGCAGUGGUGCUGGAGUGAAGAUCAAAUUACUGUUGAAGGCUCUGCAGUCUCCGUCUGCGUAUGUGCCAAUUGAGAUUUCUAGCGAUGCACUGAAGAGGAGCACUGAGAUCUUGCAGAAAGAAUUUCCUGGUCUUGCGAUUCACCCACUGUGUGGGGACUUUACAACCCACAUUGACCCUCCAUCUGACUUGCCUCCUGGUCAUCGAAUUGUUUUUUUUCCUGGAUCAACUAUUGGCAAUCUUGAUGUUCCUGAAUUUAUUCGUCUUCUGGCGACAUUUGCUGGUCUUGCUGGCAAUGACGGUGGCUUACUGAUUGGUGUUGACUUGGACAAGGAUCCUGAUGUUCUGUUCAAGGCAUACAAUGAUUCUGAAGGAGUCACUGCAGCAUUUAUACUGAACAUAUUGACUCGCAUCAACAGGGAGCUUGGUGGAACAUUUGAUCAUAACAAAUUUGAGUAUUUGUCCAAGUACAAUGAAAAACUGCACCGCAUGGAGAUGCGUAUAUAUUCAAAGCUAGAUCAGCUUGUUCAUGUGAAUGGUCACACAUUUCAGUUUAGUAAGGGAGAGUCUAUUUUCAUUGAGUAUUCUCACAAGUUUCGCAUUGCCGAGUUUCAUGACUGUCUGGCAGCUCACGGCUUUCAAGUUCAAAAGGUUUGGACAGACAACAAGAAACACUUCGCUGUUAUCUACUGUAAACGAGAUGGUCGACCAUCAUCAUUAUAUGAUCCUGAUGCUAUUGCUGAUUCUUAUAAGAAAACAUGGUCUCAGUCUGAUCAGCUGUUCAAUAUGUUGAUGUCCGAUGGACUGGUUCAGCAACCGAUUGAGCUUCAACGUCCUUUCGUCUUCUAUCGUGGUCACCUUCCAGGAUUUGCCUACCAUCAGACCAACUGCAUAGCUUUAGGCAAGAAGGCAUUUUCAUCUCAGCUGAAUGCUGUAUUUGAGAGAGGUAUAUAUCUUGACGUUGUGGGAUCAUUUCAAAGCCACAACCAUGGUCAGUUUGCUAUGCCAACAGCUGCAGAAGUGGAUGCAUAUCUGCAACAGUGUCGGAAGCACGUUUUGGCCGCAAUUGUUCCUCUCAUUGUAAAGGAAGGAAAGGAGGCUGCCAUGAUGACACCGUGGAUUCGUGGAGGUCGCAUCCAUCGUUUGAUUAUCGAGCACGAGAAAAUGCAGCAAGAGAAAUUGAUGUAUAUGUACAUGCAGCUGGAUGCCAAGUACAAACAACCUCCUACUGACAUCAAGUUUGACAUCACGGCCAAAGAGCUGAUAGAGCCAAAGGUAGUGAAUAUUCCAAGUGGUUCCAUCCGGAUUGGAGCUGAUUUUUCCACAUCUCCAUUUGGAUGGGACAACGAGUUCCCUUCGUUCACUGCCAAUGUUCCUGGUUUCAAAAUUGAUUGUUAUCCGGUGUCUAAUGGGGAGUUCUAUGAGUUUGUCUCGUCUGGCGGCUACGAUAAUUCAUGUCACUGGUUGGAAGACGACUGGAAAUGGAAGCAGAAGGCGGGCAUGAAACAUCCCGUAUCCUGGUGUAUCCAUGAUGGCCAGGUUUUUAUUCAUACCUUGUUUGGUAUCGAGAUACCACUUGCUGUAGGAUCAAGCUGGCCUGUGUGUGUAACAUGGGCCGAGGCUUGUGCAUAUGCUCACUGGAAGGGAGGCCGUCUACCGAGUGAAGCAGAAUGGUGUCGUGCAGCAUAUGGCAGUCCCAGUGGAGACGAUGGCCGAGCAUAUCCUUGGGGCAACAAAACACCAACUGCGGAGCAUGGCAACUUCGACUGGCAUUCUUGGUCUCCCAUGCCAAUUGGAUCUCAUCCAAACGGAAGAUCAGCAUGGGGAGUGGAAGAUCUUAUCGGAGAUGGAUGGGAAUGGACAGGAACACCAUUUGACCCAUAUGAAGGAUACGAGGCAAUGGACACCUACCCAUCGUAUUCUGCCAAUUUCUUUUCAAGCUCGAAAUCACAUCCAGACAAGCACUACGUGAUGAAGGGAGCAAGCUUUGCUACGUCUUCUGACCUCCUCCGAAGGUCAUUUCGCCAUUUCUACCAGCCCCACCAUCUCUACACGUUUACCACCUUUCGAUUGGUCUACGAAAAAUGACCCACUUCAGUUCAGUAUGUUACUAAAUGUUGUGUGCUUGUUUGCUAGACAUACACAUAGUAACUGUCGUGGGCAGAGUGACAGGAUGAUUCAGUGAGAUAUAAUAAGUUCAUGAAUUAGUUUGAAAGAAUUUUUGUUUCGGUUUACUCAUUAUGGGUUGUAUCUGUUCUGUUUCUUGUGUUUGUUGAAAUCGAAAUUUUAGUGAUUCUGAAGGUAA